AUGUGCCCAGAGAGUGAUAAGAGAUUAAGUAAGAGUGGCAGUCUUCAACAUCAUCAGAGACCCCACACAGGGGGAAAACCUUUUGAAUGCUCAGAGUGUGGAAAGAGAUUCAGCCGGAGUGCCCAUCUUCAACGUCAUCAGACAACCCAUACAGGGGAAAAACCUUUUGACUGCUCAGAGUGUGGAAAGAGAUUCAGUCAGAGUAGCACUCUUCAAUAUCAUCAGCGAACCCACACAGGGGAGAAACCUUUUGAAUGCUCAGAGUGUGGAAAGAAAUUUAGUCGGAGUGGCCAUCUUCAACAUCAUCAGAGAACCCAUACAGGGGAAAAACCUUUUGAGUGCUCAGAGUGUGGAAAGAGAUUCAGUCGGAGUGGCCAUCUUCAAAAUCAUCGGAGAAUCCACACAGGGGAGAAACCUUUUGAAUGCCCAGAGUGUGGAAAGAAAUUCAGUUGGAGUGGCCAUCUUCAACAUCAUCAGAGAAUCCACAUAGGCCAAAAACCUUAUGAAUGCUCAGAGUGUGGAAAGAAAUUCAUUCAGAGUAGCACUCUUCAACAUCAUCAGAGAACCCACACAGGGGAGAAACCUUUUGAAUGCUCAGAGUGUGGAAAGAGAUUCAGUCAGAGUAGCAAUCUUCAACAGCACCAAAGAACCCACACAGGGGAGAAACCAUUUGAAUGCUCAGAGUGUGGAAAGAGAUUCAGUUGGAGUUGCAGUCUUCAACAUCAUCAGAGAACCCACACAGGGGAGAAACCUUUUGAAUGCUCAGAGUGUGGAAAGAAAUUCAGUCGGAGUGGCCAUCUUCAACAUCAUCAGAGAACCCAUACAGGGGAAAAACCUUUUGAGUGCUCAGAGUGUGGAAAGAGAUUCAGUCAGAGUAGCACUCUUCAGCAGCAUCAGAGAACCCAUACAGGGGAAAAACCUUUUGAGUGCUCAGAGUGUGGAAAGAGAUUCAGUUGGAGUGGCUAUCUUCAAAGUCAUCAGAGAAUCCACACAGGCGGGAAACCUUUUGAAUGCUCAGAGUGUGGAAAGAGAUUCAGUUGGAGUAGCACUCUUCAACGUCAUCAGAGGACCCACACAGGGGAGAAACCUUUUGAGUGCUCAGCGUAGGGAAAGAGAUUCAGUCAGAGAAGGAAUCUUCAACAGCAUCAGAGAUCACACAGAGGGGAGAAUCUCCGUUUGUCCAUCACCCUCCGUUACUGCAAUGGCAGCUCUCAUCCCGGAGGGUCCAGUGAGGCAGAAGAUGAGCAGAGGAAUGUGGAGGGUGAGGAACUUCAUCAGAAAAUGCCACAUAGAAUUAAAAAUGAAAACUUGAACAAAAUUGUCAGGAUUCGAAGCAAACCUAAGAGAAAGAAAGCUGGUGGUAUGGUUGAGAAAUAUGAUGGAAGAAAGCAGAAUGUACAUUUUCCAAAGCACAGGAUAAUGAAGGCAAGGAAAUCCAUUCAGUGUAGAAAGUAUUUCGGAAAUAGAUCAGAGCUCCUUGUACACCAGACAAUACAGAGAGAGGAGAAACCUUCUGAAUUCUCAGAAAUGAGUAAUAAAUUCAGUCAGAGUAGAAUCUUUCAGCUGCACCAAAAAAGCCACAGGAGAGAGAGAACUUUUACGUGCCCAGAGAGUGAAAAGAGAUUAAUUAAGUGUGGCAGUCUUCAACAUCAGAUUACCCACACAGGGGGAAAGCCUUAUGAAUGCUCAGAGUGUGGAAAGAGAUUCAAUCAGAGUGGUCAUCUUCAAUAUCAUCAGCGAACCCACACAAGGGAGAAACCUUUUGAAUGCUCAGAGUGUGGAAAGAGAUUCAGUUGGAGUGGCCAUCUUCAAGAUCAUCAAAGAACCCACACAGGGGAGAAACCUUUUGAGUGCUCAGAGUGUGGAAAGAAAUUCAGCACAAAUGGCAGUCUUCAACGUCAUCAGAGAACCCACACAGGGGAGAAACCUUUUGAAUGCUCAGAGUGUGGAAAGAAAUUCAGUGAAAGUGGCAGUCUUCAACGUCAUCAGAGAACCCACACAGGGGAGAAACCUUUUGAAUGCUCAGAGUUUGGAAAGAGAUUCAGUCGGAGUGGCUAUCUUCAAUAUCAUCAGAAAACCCACACAGGGUGGAAACCUUUUGAGUGCUCAAAGUGUGGAAAGAGAUUCAGUCGGAGUGCCUAUCUUCAGCAUCAUCAGAGAACCCACACAGGGGAGAAACCUUUUGAAUGCUCAGAGUGUGGAAAGAGAUUCAGUCGAAGUGGCUAUCUUCAAUAUCAUCAGAGAACCCACACAGGGGAGAAACCUUUUGAAUGCUCAGAGUGUGGGAAGAGAUUCAUUCAGAGUGGCAGUCUUCAAAGUCAUCAGAGAACCCACACAGGGGAGAAACCUUUUGAAUGCUCAGAGUGUGGAAAGAGAUUUAGUACAAGUGGCAAUCUUCAGUGUCAUCAGAGAACCCACACAGGGGAGAAACCUUUUGAAUGCUCAGAUUGUGGAAAGAGAUUUAGUGAGAGUAACACUCUUCAACAGCACCAAAGAACCCACACAGGGGAGAAACCUUUUGAAUGCUCAGAGUGUGGAAAGAGAUUCAGUCGGAGUAGCACUCUUCAACAACACCAAAGAACCCACACAGGGGAGAAACCGUUUGAAUGCUCAGAGUGUGGAAAGAGAUUCAGUUGGAAUUGCAAUCUUCAAGAUCAUCAGAGAACCCACACAGGGGAGAAACCUUUUGAAUGCUCAGAGUGUGGAAAGAAAUUCAGUCAGAGGGGCAAUCUUCAAUAUCAUCAGAGAACCCACACAGGGGAGAAACCUUUUGAAUGCUCAGAGUGUGGAAAGAGAUUCAGUCGGAGUGGCCAUCUUCAAGAUCAUCAGAGAACCCACACAGGGGAGAAACCUUUUGAGUGCUCAGAGUGUGGAAAGAGAUACAGUGAGAGGAGGAAUCUUCAGCAGCAUCAGAGAACACACAGAGGGGAGAAUCUUUAG